AUGGAGUGUCUAGCAUCGCCGAGUACAUCGGGGAAGACCAGAAAACGUACGGCUCAUCCAGAAAACUGGAAACAAAACAUAGCUAAACGGCAGCGAUAUUCCCCUAAGGAAAGUCCAAAUAGACCCAGAUGUCAACAUCUCCGGAAGGGUGUUUAUAAAUGCGAGUCAAUAACUAUGCGAGACGUGAUGAACUUUCAUGCGGCAUUUUAUAAAUAUCACAACAAGGAAACACAAGAUGCUUUUCUUCUAAAAUACUGCGUCCCUGUAAUUCCCAAGAGAAAAAGACCUAAAAAUAAGAAACAUCAUCCGAAAACCAUUCAUACAAAUUACAGCAUUUACAGUGUAUCACAGAAAAAAAAAAUAACAAUAUGUCAGAAAGCGUUCCUCGGAAUUUUAAACAUUACUAAACAUCGAGUACAGUAUAUUGCUAAAAAGUUUGUGGAAUCGGGUGGACAAGCAGUAAAAGAAAAAAGAGGCGGUGACCACAAAACAGAUGUAUGCUCGACAUGUAUUCUACUUCUAGAAAAAAUUAAAAGAGAAUCAGAUGAGGCACAAAAGCAACGACUUAUGGUAGAACAUAGGGUUCACAAACUUAAAGCUAAAGCAUUUUUUAAUUUAGUGAGAGAAGAAAGACCCAAUUUAAAAACAUUCUCAUUUGAUUGUGAAAAAAAUCUACCAUUACCAAAAACACCUGAUCAGAUAACUUAUUAUUCCAGACAGCUUUAUCUAUAUAACUGUACUAUAGUAGAAGGUUCAUCAAAGACUCCUCUGACAACACAAAAUGUAUUCGCCUACUGUUGGACCGAAGACCAAUAUGCCAAAGGAGCUAAUGCAAUAGCUUCCAUAGUAUAUCACAGACUGAUGAACACGAAUUUGACAGAUAUAAGUACGAUCAGAUUGAUAGCAGAUGGAUGUCCGGGGCAAAAUAAAAACUCGAUAAUGAUAGCGAUGUGUUCGAAGUGGUUAAGUAGUUCGGCACCUGAUCACGUGCAAAGAAUUGAAAUAGUUUUUCCUAUCGUAGGACACUCUUUCAUUCCACCGGACCGCGUAUUUGCUCAUGUGGAAAAGGAUGUGAGAAAGUUGGAGUGUAUAUUAAGACCGGAGGAUUACCUUGAGAUUAUAGGCACUUAUAGCACAAUAGUUCGUAUGGGUUCUGAUUGUGAAGUCCUAAACUUUAAGAGUGGAAUGAGUUCAGUUAUAAAGGAUGUCGGCUCUUGGCACUUCCAAUUUAAACAUUGCAAAAGAUUUUUAAUACAGCGGUCAAAAGAAAUUGGUAAUGUUGUAAUUCAAGGGGAAGUGCACUAUACUAAUAAUUUGGGUGUAUUGAAGAAAAUAACUCGUAAAAAUAAAAAGGCCUCUGAUUUGAACCCUGAAGUGAUUACUCAAAACAUUGUGAGAAUCAAACCUGCAAAAUUGGUAGACGUAAAAAAACUAUUAACCACUCAUUUUGGAAAUGAAUGGGAAAAUGAGGAGGGAUUUGAUUUUUAUAGAAGUGUUUUAUCACAAACAUCAAGCCUAGAAGAAGAGGAAGAUGCAUCACAAGAAGUUACUUGUGAAUUGCAAGUGGAGGAAAGAUGUCUAUAG